AUGAACCCGCUUGCCCUCUUCUCUUCGUUCUCCAACCUUCCGUCCAUCGAAACGAGGAAAGCGCUAUUAAUUCUUGAUUUUCAAAACGAUUUCGUGCGUCCGAAUGGCCGACUCCCCGUUCGAAAAACCCUCGACUUUAUAGACUUGAUUCCCGGCCUUGUCCAGAGUUUCCGUCGCACAGGAGAAGUUGUGUGGGUGCGGACUCAAUAUGAGGGGUCACGUCCGGUCAUCGACGACUAUGGAAGCGAAAUAAUCAUCACUUCGGCUGGUCCGUUGGAUACAAAAAAUCAGAAAAAGGGACGUCAUGGACGAGAAGACAGUAGCAGCGAUGUGAACGACGCGGUCGAUCCGGAAGCCUUUCUGUCAGGGCCGGACCCCGCUUGUCUGCCACAGACGGCUGGCGUGCAGUUCCCGGCCCCUAUCCUUGCAGCUAUCGAUCACGAACAUGAUAUUGUCAUUGAGAAAUCGGACUACUCGGCGUUGCAGUCUCCCGGUAUGGUCUUGUCGCUACGUUCCCGCUUUGUUACUGAGUUGUAUAUUUGCGGAAGUUUGUCCAACGUCUCGGUGUAUGCCACGGCACUGGAUGCUGCACAACAGGGGUUUGCUAUCACGUUGAUAGAGGAUUGCAUGGGAUAUCGCAGUUUUGCGCGCCAUGAAGAAGCUGUUCGGCGCCUUGCAGAUAUCGUGGGUGCCAAUGGUAUAUCCGUGCAGGAGCUGCUUGAGGAGGAGGAUUGGGAAGAGACCCACAAGAUUGCCCAUGCGUCAAGCCCUGCCCAUCCAGUCGCUGCUCAAUCAGAGACUUUGGUACAGUCAAAUAUGACCCCGCCAUCUGGCAUCGAAAAUGUCUUGGGUCAUCUCGCCGUUCAAAACUCUCCUGUCACGAAACGAUCUUCAAUUGCGGAACCUACCGCAACACCGUCCUCCAAAACCAAUGUUCAUGCAGCCGACAUAAUUGAAGCAGAUGACAAUCCAUAUGACUACGAUGAUGAGCCCAUAGUUUUACCGCCGUCGAAAUAUUCCCGAGCUUCCACAUCCCGCGGGAUGAGAGAGGCGCGCGCUUCGGGUAUGAAUCCUUCAAGAGUUCGUCGUACAAAGUCCGGAAAAUCUCCCUCCUCGCGUCGCCCCGGUUCAUCUGCUGCAGACUCGGUUACCCUUGGAAGAGCUUCUACCUCUCCUGUGCAUACUACCACCCCCAACAAAGCUCCGAAUGCUGCUUCACCUGAAUCUUCUGCUCCCACGUCUCUGCCGUCGCCACCGAUAGCGGAAACAACACACGCCAAGAAGAAGAAGAGGAUUGGCAAAGACUAUCUGGGGCCUGAAGACUCCAUUGCAGAAGGUGAUUCUCGGAUUGUGUAUAAUCUUGACUUACCUACGGAUGCUUUUGGAAGAAUACAAAAGGAAGUGAACUGGCAAAAGAUGUAUCAUCUGUCGGGCCAAGUUCCACGCCUGGUGGCUGUCCAGGGUCUGAUUGCUCGUGACAAAUCUUUUCCAAUUUACCGUCAUCCCGCCGACGAGUCUCCUCUCCUUGAGUCGUUCACUCAGACAGUCAAUGCAGUUCGCAUUUGCGCGGAGCAGAUUGUAGGCCAUCCUUUGAACCAUGCGCUGAUACAGAUGUACCGUGACGGUCAAGACAAUAUUUCGGAGCAUUCCGAUAAAACUCUUGAUAUCGUGCGUGGAUCAUCAAUUGUCAACGUCUCGUUAGGUGCUCAGCGAGUAAUGACUCUACGAACGAAAAAGUCUGCUUCUACUGACGGCGAAGACGGCCGCCAGAAGCAACAAGUACCUAUGCCUCAUGGUUCCAUGUUCAUACUUGGACCGCAGUCAAACACAAAAUGGCUGCAUGGUAUCCGUCCUGACAAACGACCUGAAUCUGAGAAAUCUCGUGAAGAGAAAGCUUAUAAUGGCGAACGCAUUUCAUUAACAUUCCGAAACAUUGGCACGUUUAUCAAUCCAGGUCAAGGCACCAUAUGGGGGCAGGGUGCUGUCUCUGAGCGAGCUGAUGCUGCGCGGGAAGUCAUUCAUGGAGAUGCAUCUGAAGCUGAAAGACUCAUUCGUGCAUUUGGUUCUGAGAACCGAGAGACCGAGUUCGACUGGGAUGCGGUUUAUGGUCAAGGAUUCGACGUGGUCAAUUUCGUCGAGCCAGCGGUUGCCCAAAUAGCAUUGAGUGGUGAUUCAAUCACAGAUAUGCGAGUAAGAUUGUGUCUGACCGAGAAUGGCAUGCGUUAUGUUGUCCAACCGCCGGAAACAAUGGAUAUCCAGCAAAUUGUAUACACCAGUCCGGACGGGAACACGGUGAUUACUGGCGACAUUCAGAUAUUAGUCCAUCUUGCUUCGCUCAACCCAAGCUCCGAGCUUACGAGACCCGGUGUAGAAGUUGUCCGUGGAGGGGAUCAUUUGAUCCAAAUUACUCAGCUGGGAACAGCCUGGCAUGAAUACUUGCUCAGCGGUAGCAAGGCCGAAUUCGGACUAUUGUCUUCUUGGAACGAAAGACUACGAGAAGCUGACCAACAUUACAUCUCGGGGUCAGCCCUGACUAUCGACGAUAUCGCUUUAUGGCCCAUUCUACACCAAAUUGAGACGCAGAAAGGUGUCAUCUCGGGGUCAUCACGAUAUCCGUAUCUGUCGACUUACUAUCAACGGAUUGAGAAGAGAGGCUGCGUUCGUGUAGUCCUGAACGAAAUGGCCCACGAACGAAGCCACUGA